GGGAAUAGUGGAGUCCUCCCUAACCUGUAUCGAGUUGAGCGAUCUCGUGCUCAUAAAUUUUGCUCCAAGCCCGUGUUCUCCACAAGACAACACACUCUCUCUUCCUUCCCACCGAAAAAUCAAUUCGGGCAGCACACAGGCAGGCAGGCAGCUCUCGAGAACACAGAUCGGCGGGAUUUUUCUCGGCAACCAAACGGAAGAUGAGCCAAGCGGGUGAAAGGGUUCCUCCAGGAGUUCCACAAGUUGUUGCUCUUAUGAGUUUGCUCCUGAAUUGUUGGCCUGUGUGUGUCAUUGUUUCAACGAAACAGCUCUCGACGCGUCCAGAUGGUUCAACCUGCACGUCC